AUGUUGGUUGACAGUGAUUAUGAAAGUGAGUAUGAUGACAUGUUGUAUGAUAGUUAUGUUGAUAAUGAAGCUAAAUGGACUGGGUUGAAUAGUAAUAGGCAGAAAGAAAAAACAACAGACAAAAGGCAACAGUUAGAACUCAGUGAUACAGAUGUUGAUUCUGAGGAGAUUUUAAGCUGCUUUAGUUCAUCUGAUGGAGAGAAUCAUGGAAGAAAACAUAAAAAAAUUCAAGUAUUUAGGGCAGAAAAUGAUGAGGAAGACCCAUAUUUUAAAAUGGAAGAUGUGGUCAAAAUGGGCAAAAAGAGGAGGACUUGUACUGUUACACUGCCAGAAGGAAACCAAGCUGAAAGGAGCCAAGCUGGGGGAAGCCAAGCUACUAUGAACCAAGCUGGAGGCAGCCAAAAUGUUGUUAGCCAAGGGGGAGAGAGUCAAGCUAUUGGGAAAGGUAGCUCUUGCUUUGAACAAGUAAUUGCUGCAAAGUAA